UCAUAGUUUCAUACUUUCCCAGUUUCUUGUGAGGUAUCUGGGGCUGGACACACCACCCACGAACAAUGGGUGACCAAGCACAGCCAGUUAACGCCUCACGAAUUUUUCGCACCGUGGAGAACAUCAGCGCGCACGGUCUUCCCAACAUCGGAAGGGCAGCCACUCACAAGCGCCGGCUGGUCUGGGCCUGUCUGUUCCUGGCCGGCUUCGGGUUUUUUCUCAGUCAGAGCAGCCAACUGAUUGUCCGGUUCCUCAAGUACAACGUCAACGUGAACGUCGAGCUAGGGUUUGAGACGGAAGCCACGUUCCCCGCCGUGACGUUCUGCAACCUGAACAGGAUUCCUCUGUUAGCCGUGUUAAGCGACGGCAAAUUCUUGCAGCUUCAGGGCUUGAUAGACGGAUUCCUGGAACACCAGGAAUAUCAAUCGUGGGACUAUGACUUAACGUAUGAUGAGAUAGACACAAGCUUCGCUAUUACAGCCUUGUCAAUCGACAUCUUGUCGAGCCUUCCCUAUGCAAACCGUUCCUCUACUGGGCAUCCUCUAUCGGAUAUGAUGCUGUCCUGCACGUUCAGGGGAUACCCAUGCUCGCCAAAGAAUUUCACCCAUUUCUACAACUACCUGUACGGCAAUUGUUACACGUUUAACUUUUAUGGCAGACGCGCUCAAAAGGUAACACAGGCCGGGCCAUUUGGUGGACUUACUAUGGAGCUUUACAUUGAUCAGCCACAAUACGUACCCGGUCUACAGAACUCAGCUGGAGUCAAGGUCUUCAUCUCAGAACAAAACCAGGUCCCGUUUCCUGAGGACAAAGGGGUUAUUGUCGGUCCUGGUUACGAAACCUCAAUUGCAUUGAAGAAGGUUCGUAUUGAUCGAAUCGGUGAGCCUUACACAAACUGCUCCAAGGGUGCGAGUACCAUCUACAGUGACUUUUAUGAGAAUGUCGAAUACAGCCUGUUGGCAUGCGAAAAGAGCUGUGUGGUCCGAGAGAUUUUGAAGGCCUGCCAAUGCGCCGACGUGAGAUACCGGUUCACCGAUGAACACAAACCGUGCUAUUCGUCUAACAUGACACUGACGGACUGUGCGAAUCGGAUACACGAAGCCUAUGCCUACAACAAUCUAGACUGCCACUGCCAGUUACCAUGCAGGGAGGAUGUGUUUGAAGAAACAGUAUCGACUGCGCUAUGGCCGAAUGACAACUACCAGCCUCUAAUGGAGGCAGCUGUCAAAAACAUAUCCCCGAGGUUUUCGUACGAUCUUGAAAACGACGAAAACUUUGUUAGCAAAAACUUAGUGAAGCUGAACGUCUUCAUGUCCAGCCUACAGUAUCAACACAUCUUCCAAACACCUGAAUACGGCUCUGAGAACCUGAUCAGCGACCUAGGGGGUCAGGUAGGGUUCUGGAUGGGCUUCUCCAUCCUGACCCUCUUCGAAAUCGUGGAGAUGAUCUUCGACCUGAUAGUGACCACAUGCGGCAAACUUAAAAUGAGGAAAAGGGUCUCGGACAAGCUGAAAGACAUGGAAGGACUUGACGUUCCAACUGUCUCCUCCACUGUGAACACGAUAACUCCAGUCGAGUAGGGACCAAUCGGCCGCUUGAGGGCAGCAGAUUGCAUUGUUAUUAACCCAUCCGUUGCUGUGCAGUCUCACUCAUUCUCAAUCGUGUUUUAAUAACUUUAUGCUUAUUUUCAAUUCCUUCAUUGUAUUCAGAGAUAAAAUUAAUUAUAUUUAGAUACAAAAUCAGAGUUUUUAGGCGUGCACAUGCAUGACUGAUGUUAACAAUAAGUGAUAAUGAAUUGUUUUGAACUGGCUAUAAAAUGAAAGUACAAUAAUUACUUAAACAUGAAAUAAAAUGUAAAUAUUCUAAUAUGUAUGGAUUCUAGAUUUAGUCAGGCUUGCUUGAAUACAGUUCUUAACAACGAUCGGUUUAGAUUUGUUAUGUGUAUAUGACCUUUAGUCCUUCAAGUUUAUCAAAAAAGUGUGUGUCCCAAAAGACAUUUUAAUCUUACAUUUAAGUUGUAUCCAAUGACUCGUCUUUGUACGAGUGCUCUAAGUUCGACUAGUCCACAUGCAUUUUAGAUUUUCAGAAGUUGGAGGUCAAUUUUUGGCACGAUAUUUCUCUUCCACGUCAUGCGAUUUUCCAGUUUCCAUAACUUGAGAUGCUAUAGUACCAAUUUUACCAAGCUAACUUUCAUAUUUGAGGGGUCCGGAAGCGCGUUGGUAUAGGGGCCAACUUUCAAGCUCUGUGCCCGGGCACUAUCCGAGAAUGUCGACAAAAUGCAUUCGGUAAACUUAGGACAGUUUUAGAAACCGGAGGAAUUCCUCCCAUUUUGUUCACUUGACCAAAGCGUCAAAAUGAAUGACCAAAAACGGAUUUGCUUUUUGAAUUUAACGCCGAUCGCCACAUGAGACACAUUUACCGAAAUUAGGGGAUGACUUAGAAUCCCUCGAAACAUUUGAAUGAUAUUGCAUGCCAUCCAAUGGUGGCUUUUUAUAAUUGAAAUUGAGAAUUGAGCUCGACGGUGUUCGGGGACGAAAUUAAACUAUCACUAUAUGAAGUUUGUGUGAUAUAAGCGGUAAAUAGGAAAAAAAGUAUAAUACAGGUUUUCCCGGCCUUUUUUUAAAACGUUUUUCAUUCCGAUGGCCCCUUUUUAACAUUCUUUUAGUAAAACCAAUUUAGUCAUUUAUCAUUCAAUUUCAACGUUUGGUCAACCUAUUUAGUACUUGGUGAAGAAUAUUCGUCAAUACAUAUUGAAUUCGUCUUAUAUCAGUCAAUUUAAAACUUUAAGUAAAAUGUUAGUGUUUUAAAGUUAUAGUGUUAAGUAAAUUAUUCUGGUGUGUGCUGAAACAUUUUCCUUGUGUCCUCGAUCUACUAAAACUUCAUCCGGUUAGUUGUUAAGUACGGAAGCGUAGA